UUAGAUUGAAUGCAUCAUUAUCAAGCCAGUUGAGUUUAAUGCUGGUAAGUCUAGUUGGCACGAUGGUUCGCGCACUUGUCGGUGUAUUAUUCGUGAUAGCUGCUGAAUACGCAGCAGGAUGCUGUGCGCUCUCGGAGAAGAUAGAAAACAAUCUCUCCAAUUCUGAAGCAACGUCUCUGGACAAUCGAGCUUGUGGAAAUCGUUUCUAUGAAAGUGACUUUCCGGUCGAUACUCGUUUGUACGAGCAUCCCUGGCUCGUACAAUUUGGCUACACACGAGGAAAUGUUGUUAGUUAUGUGUUUCAAGGUCUAUUGAUACACUCAAAGUUUGUGUUGACAACGGUAUUUGUGGCUCAGUUUACAGAUUUGGGUCAACUCACAUAUGCACGAAUAGGUGAACACAACACAUCAACCGUAUCCGACUGUGAGAAGGAUGGCUCAAGGAAAGAGAUAUGUGCCUUGCCAGUGCAAACAAUUCAUGUUGAUCAAGUUAUUAUACAUCCCGAAUAUGACCUAUUCAAACAAAGAAACGAUGUUGCGCUAGUUAAGUUGAGACUUCCAGCCGCUAUCGAUGGCACCACAGUCGCUCCUAUUUGUCUGAAUCGUGAUCCAAACUUCCAGAGCUCCUUCCUCUUAGUAGCGUCCUGGUGCGGACGACGUGAAACGGGACUAUCGUUAACACCGAAACAAUACUUUAUGAAGGCCAUUACACCGCACGAGUGCCAACAACUUAUGCCAAAUAAUGCCGUGUCGCUAGCAAAUGAAAUGUUUUGCAUAGUUUUUGAUGAGAGACACACGAAACCAACCAAACUAGAGCAGGAACCUAACCUACGAGGUGGAAGCGGUGCUCCUAUUUACACAGUGCAUGAAGGAAACAAGAUCUUUUUGAUUGGCUUACUAUCUUAUGGACCACGUUAUCCAGCUAAAUUGCACGAACCAUACGUGAUAACUGCAGUAACUCCGUUCUACGAUUGGUUUUUAGAAAUUAUUGAAGCAGAUCUAGAAAAAGGCAUGUAUAAAACGCUGACUUAA